UCCUUUUAGUUUUUUCUUGAGUAAAUGUAAGUUGCAUUUAUCUAUCCAAUUUCAUCUUUUUUUUAGCUUCCUGAUUCAUCAUUUCUUAUUCUGCUCGCUAAUCUUUAUUCUGAGCAUUUGACAUCCUCAGACAGGCUGUUUAUGGGUAACUGCUCAUGUGAGGUGAACUGUAAUGAGGAUAACAUCCUUGCUCUCAAAGAGGAAGAAGACCAAAAUGAAACUCCGCCUCUCAUCUGGAAAUCAUUGACUCCCCUUCUACCAAAUACUACUAUUAAAUCUAAGAGAUUGGAAUUGAAAGAUAUUAUUUUGGUCCAUCUCUAUCUGAAAAACAUGAAAGAUUUCUCAUCUAUUAACUCAGCAUAUGUGACCACCUUCAAGCAUUGCCUGCCUGCAAGAGUAUGUGUAGAAACUGUGUUGCCAGAAGAAGUACUUUUCUCAAUAGAUUGCCUUAUCCGCCAGAGUGACAUAAAGAUUGAUGAUGGUCUCUUUCAUCCUAAAGAGAUUCCGCAUGUUCAGAAUAUUUCUCAUUGGGCACCUGCUAACAUUGGACCAUAUAGUCAGUCUAUCAAGGUUGGAGAAGUCAUGUACCCUGCUGGGCAAAUUGCACUAAUACCUAGCACAAUGAAACUUGUGAGUGGCAGAAUACAAACAGAAGCUCCCAUGUCCUUGAGCCACACCCUGAAAAUUCUGGAAGCUCUGCAUAGAGGCACUGGACUUCACCACAUUCUCAUGGCUCACUGUUAACAUAACAGGCAGCAAGUUCAUUGCGACUGCUCUGGAUACCUGGCAGAAGAACUUACGGACACAUAAAGAGGUACCUAGAGUACCUAUUUUAUUUCUAGUCUACAGAAGAGCAAUUUAUGAAGAGGUUUCCUCCAGACAAUAUCAAGUCUUUCUCAGUGUAUUUCAUAAGGGUUUGAACUAAAUCCAUAAUAAGAUUUGAUUGAGCUGUUACGUUCUGCCUCGUAAGUGGCAGUGCACAACUGAGAAAGAAAAUUGCUUAAUAGAAAGUUAUAGUCAUCACUAACUUUAUCUUAAUUCUCCAAAGCAAUAAGUUAAGAGUUCUAUAAGAGCAGCUUAGAGCUCUUAGAAAAUGUUGAAAAAUACUCUGUUUAGAAACAUUUCUGCUCAUAUGUCACACCGUACUUUCUGGGGAUGGGCAUUUAUUUUUCUGAUACUUUGCUCACUUAGGGUAAGUUUUAUCGUGUGUCUCCAAGGACGUUUUAAAAGGGCCUUAUCUAUCCAUUCUUCUAAAAUAUUUGACAGAAAUUCUAUUUUUCAGCAUGAGAUCUGUACCCUGGUUUGGGGUUGUAACUCCUAGUUAUCCCACAGACAUCAAAAGCCAUUUCUGAAAUAUAUUGAAUUUAGAUCAAAGCAUUAUUUAUACAGUUGUGUCAUCAGAAAGUAAUGGGCUGUUUAAAUGAAAAAUUGAUUAAGCUGAUGACUGGAAUUUAUUCUAGGAAGAACUUACAAGAAUCUGUUCUUUCUUAACGUUAAAAGUUAUACGGACAAUACAAUCAUUAUUUGCAGGUGACAUUGUCUACCUAGUAAAUGCAUGAGACAUGAGAACCAGUAAAACUAGUAAGAGUUUUAGUAAGUUUAGAGUUUAGUAAGAUUGCUAGGUAUGAAGAAAAUUCUAAAAAUCUUUUACUUUCUAAAUAUCAGCAAUUACCAAUUUAAAAAGAUAAUGGGAGAAAAAGACGCAAUGUACAGUAGCAUCAAAACCUAUAAGAAAUUUCAGGACCUCAAUAAAGAAAACCAUAAAUCUUUAUGGCAAGAUGAAGCUUUAAAAAAUUGGAAAGGUAUACCAUAUUUAUGAAUAGAAAUGAUUUAAAGAUACCUGUUUUUUUGUAUUUUUAUUUUAAAAAUAAAUUUAAUUUCA